AUGUGCAACGGAGAAUCCACACGCGUAACCCAGGGCGGCUCCAUCGCCGUCUUACAUCCAACCCCACCCUCUCCCCUCCGCCGCACACGCUCAUCCUCUUCUUCCUUCUCCUCCACAUCUAGCUCCUCAGACGACGAAACACAACAAGAAGAAAUCCUGCUCUACUUCACCAACCCCCUCUCAAAAACAUCCGGCACAAACGUUGAAAUGGCUGGCUUCGGCCAACAAUCUACACAUGCAGCGUGGGUCGUAAUACAUCGCGACGGCGAUCUCUCAUCAUCUUCUUCGCCCCAAGCAUCCAACGCAUUCUGCUCCUUCCCAAUCAAAUCGCAAAACGGGCGGUGGCAACUCGAACGCAAACUCGAGCUGGGUGUUGGCGAAAGGGGCAUUAUCGGGAGGAGAGUGUCGGUGUUGAGUGGGGCGAGGGAAGUGCUUGCGCAGGGUGUGAUUGGGUGGAACUGA